CACACACACGGUCGCAGCACGUUCCUCCACAGCUGCGCAGACUCCUCAGCUCCUCACACACCAGGGUUUUCCUCCGCUCUGCGUGGAUUCAGUCGACUUAUUUAUUUAAUUACUCGUUAUAUAAUACACACCGACUAAGGACACUCAGUCACACACACGGAUCAUCCAGCAGCGCAAAAGCCCCUUCUGACUUGAAGUGACAGCGCUGAGCUGCGUCGUCUUUCCACAGACUGAAUCACUGAUACACCAGUGGACAGACCAAGUAGUAGCAUCAGCCUCUUGUGCUGCAUCUUCAUCAUCCUCCUUCCUCCUCCUCCUUCUCCUCCUCCUCUGUGACUCAUCUGACAUGACGGACCCUGGUCUCACGUCUCCUUCUGGCACUCCACUGCGCUCCCCGAGCACCUCCCUCACCCUCUCCUUCCCCUUUCUGAGGGAGAGGAGUCGGGUGUGGGAGGAAGGGAAGGAGCAACCAUUACCUCGGGAUCUGCCCAGUCCACUGCCAACCAAACGCACCCGUACCUAUUCAGCGACAGUCCGUGCUCACUCAGGUCCGGUGUUUAAGGGCGUGUGCAAGAAUUUCUCGAGGUCACAAGGUCACGGCUUCAUACGACCCAUCCAUGGUGGAGAAGAGAUCUUUGUUCACGUGUCAGACAUCGAUGGGGAGUAUGUCCCAGUAGAGGGCGACGAGGUCACGUACAAAGUGUGCCGGGUCCCACCCAAGAACCUGAAGGUGCAGGCGGUGGAGGUGAAGAUCACGCAUCUCAACCCAGGCACAAAACACGAGACCUGGUCUGGGCAGAUCAUCAGCUCAUAGAACCCGAGCUCCGGGCUCUGAUGGGCGGAGCUGGGCAGGGUUGGUGGUAAAGGUGCUCUGGGACGAGGAUCUCGCAUUCUGUGCUAAAAAAAAACAUUUUUUAAAACAUGUUUUACCCACACAGCAUAGUGUUAGUAGCUGUUGUCCUCUCACACAGCUGAUAAACUGUUUACUACACUAGUGAUUUUGCUGUAUCUGUUUAUGCAUUCUUCACAUUUAUUUGUGUUUUCAGUUUGCGGGUGGGAGUUUUAAACUGUGUAAAACUGUACAGAUCUACUGAGUGUGUGAGUGUGCAAAGACAAAAAGCUGAAUUCAGUUUUACUUCCCUUCUUUGCAACUGUUAUGCACUUGUUUACUUCUCCACUGGUGAAGGGCAAGCAUGGGUCACAUGACUUGUUCUCGCAAGCCUCACUGUUGCUACACGAAGAGCAGACUUUGGAAAGACUGGCUUUACUAUUGCGCUGAAAAACAGAAAUAAUGGAUGUAAAAGGAAGUAGUUCAGGGAUUAGUUUGAAAGAGAGUUGUAAUAAGCAGGGUGAUAAUCCUCAGAGCAGCAAAUCACUGCUGGUAUAAAUUUAGAUUCUCGAAUAAAGCCAACACAAUGUUUUAAAUAUCAUUAGUUCAGGAGAGGAUUCGUGACCUCAUUUUGUGUUUCAGGGUCACCACGUUAGAAACAUGACGGAAGGAUUGAGAGGUUAGAAAAGAGAACCAUGACUUAAAUCAAAUAUCAAUCACAUACAUGGAAAUAUAAACGGUAUAUUUCUAUAAACGGAAAGUAAUUUCCCUUGACAAAUGCAUACCCUCGGUUGUUUUUGUCAUUUUCAUUAUUUAUUUGACGAUUUCUUCUCUGAUUACGAGGAAACACAGUCAAAAAACGUGCACUGAGGAAAUUUGGACUUCCACUACGAGAACUGCCACAAGUGUUCCAGACAUUUGUUCUGGAGCCAUGAGUCGUUAUUUCUAAAUCUCUUUCUACAAGUAGAUGAAAAAGAGUGUAGUCAUCGUCAUGGUGACCUACAUGACUUCAUAGCUGGUGCCAGUAGUCAUAGAAAUGUUGUUUGUAGGUCUACUUUAGUAUAUGUCCUUUUCUGUGAUAUCUGUCCCAUAGCGUCUCGUAUGCAUCUUGUCUUAUCUGUCAAGCGUCACUGACCGAGUUAGGAACAUUGUGAACCCUUUGUUUGUUUCUCUCACAUUGACGAGCUCUUUCUUUAGUGGGUGAGCCACUGUGGUGGUGAUCCCCAUGACUACUUCUUUUGAGCCCUGAAAGAACAUUAAAGCAUUUUAAGAUUCA